CGCCUCCCUACUUCGUCUUCCGGACUUCCACUCAUGAGCGCUUAGCAAACCAGCCAUCGCAGCUCCAGAGCUCCAGCUCCCGGGCCGCUCCUCGAUCGCCGGAGACGCCAUGGACCGCAGGGAGAAGUUCCGCAGGGGCUCGUCGAGCUCGGCGGCGGCGGCGGCGUCCAUGGCCGCGCUCGCCGCCGCCGCGGCGGCUGGGGAGGGAUCGAGCUCCGGCUCCGGCUCGGCCGACGGGGCGCUUCCGCCGCACGGGGAGGAGGAGGAGGACCAGAAGCCUCCCAAGCUGGCGGCCGUGGGAGGCGUCUCCAGCUCCUCCCCGUCCCCGGUGCCGGCGAGGAGGGGUGCGGCGGCGGGCGGCGGCGGCGGGCCGAGGUGCCAGGCGGAGCGGUGCAACGCCGACCUGAACGAGGCGGCGCAGUACUGCCGGAGGCACAAGGUGUGCCAGACGCACUCCAAGGCCCCCGUCGUGCUCGUCGCCGGCCUCCGCCAGCGAUUCUGCCAGCAAUGCAGCCGGUUCCACGAGCUGUCGGAGUUCGACGACAACAAGCGCAGCUGCCGCCUGCGCCUGGCGGGGCACAACGAGCGCCGCCGGAAGAGCGCGGCGGACACGCACGGGCACGGCGGCGGUGGCGCCGGAGCUGGCGCCGGCGCCGGCGACGGGUGCCGCCACGCCGACCAGGACGGCCGGGGCCACCAGGGGAACCCGCCGCCGCCGAACCACUUCCACCAGAUCAGAUAAAUCUAUCUAAUUAAGCAUGCUCUCUCUCUUCUGUCAUGCAGCUAGUUAGCAGCACAUGUAUGUGCCAAUGUGUGUGCGUGCGUCUACCCUACUACCCCCAGGGUCGUAUAUUGCAUUGCCCUACGUGCUAACUUGGCGGCUCCCAUCACCUCCUGUAAUAACGUGACGGGCUCCCGUGUGCGCGCACCGGCCGGAGGUGUAUGUGCUAUGUGUCCAUCUGCCAAAAAACCUAGUUGAUGAUGCUGAUUGUUGUAACCUAACCUGCUGGCAAUUUAAGCAGGAACUGCUAGAGUAAUUGUUGCUGCUGCUGCUGCUGUUGUUGUUGUUGUGUGUGUGUGUGUUAUGGAUGGAUGGGUUACCGGAUGUGUAAUCCAGUGGCCUGUGCUAAAUCAAACUGUGCAGGCCGUGUAUUGUUGUU